AUGCUCCCGUGGUCCUUGCGAUCAGCAGCUCGCCGCUUGGCUGCCGCCACACGCGCAGCAGCCUCGGCUGCGGUGGCGGCUCGAUCACCUGCGCCGGCGCCGGCAACGUGGCAACAAAGGCCGCCUGCUGUCGACGACGACAGAGAGCACCAGCAGAGGGCCGCCGUGUGGGAUGAUCAUCGCCGUCGACCUCGCCGGAGUGAAUUCUCAUGUACUACAAAGGCCUCAGGAGAUCAUUCUAGCUUAACCCGGCAACUUUUAGAUUUUAAACAUGAUACUGUAGAUGAGGUAGAUGGGGGAUAUGAUCCAUUCAGUCAACUGAAAGCGAGGUUCACGGACUUCAAGCAACGAAACUACGUGGAAAAUUUUACCAAUUAUCAAAAACUUGCUGAGCAGCAAACACCAGAGUUCAUGGUGGUUGCUUGUGCUGACUCCAGGGUCUGCCCUACCAGUAUUUUGGGGCUUCAGCCUGGUGAUGCAUUCACUGUCCGUAAUGUGGCAAAUUUGGUACCACCAUACGAGCAUGGAGCUUCAGAGACUACUGCGGCACUAGAGUUUGCUGUCAACUCACUUCAGGUACCGAAUGUGUUAGUGGUAGGUCAUAGUCGUUGUGGUGGCAUCCAAGCACUAAUGAGUAUGAAAAGUAAGAAAGACGAUCGAAGCUCUAGAACCUUUAUCAGAGACUGGGUCUCACUUGGCAAGAGUGCAAGAUUAAGCACAGAAGCAGCAGCUGGAAAUUUGAGUUUCGAAUCACAAUGUAGACAUUGUGAAAAGGAAUCAAUUAAUAGCUCACUGUUGAACUUGUUAACAUACCCUUGGAUAGAGGAAAGGGUGAAGGAAGGAAAUUUGAACCUUCACGGGGGAUACUAUAACUUUAUUGAUUGCACAUUUGAGAAGUGGACAUUAGUGUACCGUCCAGGGCUGGAAGGUGGCAGCAAGUAUGCUAUAAAGAACAGGUCUACCUGGUCUUGA